ACUGGGGGUACCUGCACACCGGGAGAGGUCCCUUGGAAUAUCGAGGCGUACUACAGGAGUACCGGAGGAGAAAAUUACCAGGGGAUACCUGGGUGUGAGAGGUUCUGAGGCUCUGAAGGAGGAGGCCACCCCACCAGGCAGCCAUGGCCCCCACGCUGGCCACGGCGCACCGGCGGCGCUGGUGGAUGGCGUUCACGGCCAUCAUUGAGAACCUGCUCUUCUCGGCUGUCCUGCUGGGCUGGGGGUCCCUGCUCAUCAUGCUGAAGGCUGAAGGGUUUUAUUCCUACCUGUGCUAUGGCCUAGAGACCACCACCAACACCUCUGAGCUCGACAACAGCACAGCCUCAGAGCACAAAUGGCCUUCCUGCAACGCCCAGGAUGAGAUGCUGAACUUGGCCUUCACCAUUGGCUCCUUCCUGCUCAGUGCCAUCACUCUGCCCCUGGGGAUUGUCAUGGACAAGUACGGCCCCCGCAAGCUGCGGCUGCUGGGCAGUGCCUGCUUUGCCGUGUCCUGUGUGCUGAUUGCGUACGGUGCCAGUAACCCAGACUCUCUGUCUGUGCUGAUAUUCAUUGCCCUGGCUCUGAAUGGCUUUGGUGGGAUGUGCAUGACCUUCACAUCGCUCACGCUGCCCAACAUGUUUGGGGACCUUCGUUCCACGUUCAUUGCUCUGAUGAUUGGCUCCUAUGCUUCCUCUGCUGUGACUUUCCCAGGAAUCAAGGUUAUCUAUGACUUUGGGGUCUCCUUCAUCCUUAUCCUGCUUGUCUGGGCGAGCUGUGCAGGACUCGUUUUCCUCAACUGCUUCUUCAACUGGCCCCUGGAGCCUUUCCCAGGACCAGAAGACAUGGACUACUCGGUGAAAAUAAAGUUCAGCUGGCUGGGCUUUGACCACAAAAUCACUGGGAAGCAGUUCUACAAGCAAGUGACAACCGUGGGGCGCCGUCUGAGCGUGGGGAGCUCCAUGAAGGGCCCCAAGGAGCCAGCAGCUCUGCAGGAGAACAACAAGCUCUGUCUGUCUACAGUGGACCUGGAAGUGAAGUGCCAGCCUGACAGUGCAGCUACUCCCUCCUUCAUGAAGAGUGUCUUCAGCCCCAUCCUGCUGCUCAGCCUCAUCACCAUGUGUGUCACCCAGCUGAGGCUCAUCUUCUACAUGGGAGCCAUGAACACCAUCCUGGAGUUUCUGUCUGGAGAUGAAAGUCAAGUGGCUUUCUACACUUCCAUUUUUGGGGUCCUGCAGCUGCUGUGCCUGCUGACAGCGCCUGUGAUCGGAUACAUCAUGGACUGGAGAAUGAAAGAGUGUGAUGAUGGCUCAGAGGAGAAUGAGGAGAGCAACGCUGAGCAAGGUGACAAGAAGAAGAAAAAGCGUGACCGUCAGAUCCAGAAAAUCACCAACGCCACCAAUGCCUUUGUGUUCACCAACUUCCUGCUGGUUGGAUUUGGAAUCACCUGUCUUAUUCCUAAUCUACCCUUGCAGAUUCUGUCCUUCAUUUUGCACACAAUUGUGAGAGGAUUCAUCCACUCAGCUGUGGGAGGCCUCUAUGCAGCUGUAUACCCCUCGACUCAGUUUGGCAGCUUGACAGGGCUGCAGUCGUUGAUCAGUGCCCUGUUUGCCCUCCUGCAGCAGCCUCUCUUCAUGGCACUGACAGGACCUUUGAAAGGAGACCCCCUCUGGGUGAAUGUUGGCUUGCUUGGCCUGAGCCUCCUGGGAUUCUGCCUCCCAAUCUACCUGGUCUGCUACAGGCGCAGGCUAGAGAGAGAAAAGAAGCAGAAGAUGGAAGAUGCCAAACUUUUCUUCAAAAUCAACGGCACUCCCACUGAGGAAGCCUUUGUUUAAACUGGUGCUUCAUGUGCAGCCUCCCCUGUACAAGUUCCUACCACAUCUGUGGGUUCUACCUGUGGUGUAAGCCAGGACUUUUCUCCCCUGGCUCUGUCAGUCUUUGCUCAUCACUGGAGUGAGGGCUGGACAUCAAGACUGAGAUUUCCUCAGAUAUAUGGCAGGAGGAGACUUCCCACUCCUUAUUCCAAAACAUGGGACACUUCUCCUUUUUAUAAAGGCCACACAGCUAUUGUGUCUUAAAUUAUCCCCUGAUCACACUCUCCAGCAGCAGAGAGUUUGCAUGGGAAACUGGGGAGAGAAGGAAUAGAGGGAUGGGGGAAGAGGGAAGACAGACCAUAAUUUGAGUUUGCAAAUGUAACACACUGCAGUCUGUUUUCUCCCCUUCUUCCCCCAAACUUGGCUGCCAGUCUCGGAUGCAAGCUGCACUGUCCUCCCUCCCCAAGGCUUCAUAAUGGUCUUUCUGCUUGAUGUGUAGCUGGAACCAGUGGUUUUACUGUCUCUCCAGACAUAUCCCUGUUUCUGAGGCAGGGAAGGGGUUUUUAUUCCUAUGUGUAUGAGCACAGCUUCAGUGUUUUGCUAAAUGUUGGCUGCUAGCACUGACAGCUCCCAAACCUUUUAUUACUGCAAAUGACACAGACUGUGAGCAAUGGAUCUGCCUUCCACACUGAAAUGAAGAGCCUAUAGUGGACUGCUGGUCCUAGACCAAGCCUUGGGAGGCCUGGAAUUCCUCUUCUUCCCGGUUCACAAACUCACCUGUACGUGUUUUAAACUGUCUGCAGUCCUGGAGCCUCUGAGAUAAGAAUUGGAUCUUGUUUACCGAUGAAGUGCUUUGAGACUUUGUUGCCUUUUGCCUCUCCUUCCCCCCUGAGAUGCCCCUGGGAGGGGAGCAGCAAUGUGUGUUCAGUAAAAAGUGGAGAAGCUUCUUGAAGCUGAGUUCUGGGGCUUCAGAUGCCUUGGUGUUCACGUGAGCUGAGCUGCUGGUGAAAAGAACCAGGAGUGCAGAACACUCCUUUGUGUCUGGUAACUGGAUCCUGUGGACAUAUGGCAGGGUGAUGUGGUGAUGUCAUUUUUCCUUUAGCCAUAGCUGAUUUACCUUGCUAUGAUAACGGUCACCAAGCUGCUGAGCACCAGGUUACUGUGACUGACCAAAAUGCUGCCACUUGGGCUGCUCUAGGAGCCUUCUGCAAUGUUGAUGCUCUGUCUGGACAGAGCAGCUGGUGAUUGAUUGUAAGGUGAAGCUGCUGCCAGAGCAGUACGUGUGGGUAAAGGUGCCCCAGGCCUGUUCACACCAGGGAGGGAAUACAAAGGGAAUUUUUAACCUGCUUAUUUUUAUAGAGGUUUUCCUUGUCUAAAGCAGACUUUUCUGCCCUUAACCUUCUUGUUGAGGUCGGUAGCUCAGGCUCUGCAGCCCUGUGUUAAGCACUGCACUGAGUGGGAGCAGGACUGUGCUGGGGUGAGGAGGAGCACCGACUGCACCGGGCUGAGCUGGUGGCUGAGGGAAGGUUGGGGCAGAAAUAAAACAAUUCUGGAGAAAUA